UCCUGUCCCGAACAUCAGAGAGUGUCAGUUAGUCGCGUGGUUCCUUCGACGUCGCACGUGCGCCCGGGACGCACCAACACCGGACUACCCAAUCGCGUAUUUCACGUGAACGUAUGAUUAAACUUCAGUGCUAAAAUGUGAAACUUUAAUACGUGAUACGGUUAAUGAUGUGCCACGUUCAUUAGUGUGGUGUGAUUUUCAAUUGAAUUUUGGUUUCAAUGAAAAUUAAUUAAAGACUGGCUGGAUUUUCCUAAUUAAUUCCUGUGGUUGAGAUCCAGCCUAACUCCGCAUGAAACUUCAAAAGAAGUUAUCUGAAGACAGUGCAAUAAUGGCUUUCAAAACCAAAUUACUUACUAACAUUUCAUGUUUACGAAACUGACAGUGUUACAAAAAUGGCGAGAAGAACAGGUCUUCUGGUUGUGUUGUGGGUGGCAAUUUUCCCCCUGUACCGAGCUGAUAACUUGGAACUGCUCCUAGGCACUCUCCGAACGCACCAGAAGGCUGCUUGUGAUGAAGAGAUGGUGACACUCAUAUGUCCUCGAGGCACGACCAUCAGCAUCCAAGUGGCGCAGUAUGGAGCUUCGGCUUCCCAAGGAUCCUGUGCCUCAGACCUGGCGGAGUAUCAACCCGUGGCUGUGGAGGUCGUUGGAGACACGUCCUGUGUAUGGCCUAGUGCCUUACAGUAUUCCUUGUUACAGACUGUGGUGGAAGCUUGUCAGAAGAAGCGACAGUGUAAAUUUCACACGAGCCCCAAGGCGUUUGGCGUGGAUCCCUGUCCGGGAUCCAGAAGGUUCGUCGAGGUCGCCUACAAAUGCCGUCCCUAUGAGUUCCGUAGUAAAGUCGGUUGUGAGAAUGACGUCCUACACUUGAGCUGCAACCCUCACUCCAGGGUGGCGAUCUACUCAGCCCAGUACGGCAGAACAGAGUACGACUCCAUCCAGUGCCCACAGCCAAGAGGAAUGAAGGAAGAAACCUGUUUGGAGCCAUAUGCGACGGAGACUGCGAUGAGGGAGUGCCACGGCAAGAGGAGAUGUGUUCUCUCAGCUGACAGCAACAUGUUCGGCAGGCCGUGCCGAUCCGGGAGUCGAACCUACCUCAAAGUUGUUUACACUUGUGUUCCACGUACGGUGUUAAAGGAGAGGUACGAGAGUGCCCCUGAAGAGGACGAGGUUGCUCACGACGUGUCUGAUCUUGAGCACGAUGAAGUCGAUGAGACUAACGACCGUUGGUGGGGUGAAUCAGCCGUGCCACCCGCGCCCGCAGUAGCGGCAGUUCCACCCCAGCGACCUUCCAUGUCCACCAGCCUGAACAUUACCAGCAUCAGCAGAGACGAGCCUUCACCAUCAACGCCCAGACAUCAUCUGGCUAAAGAUGAUCAAUUCGACAUGAUGUACGUAUACAUCAUAGCUGGCGUGGCUGUCAGUCUACUACUCUGUAUAAUCCUGGGCAUCAUUCGCUGCGUCAUGACCAAACAAACUUCCGACCAGCCAAAAGGCCCAGACGUGUCAGCCACCACAGAAAUCCCCAACGGAUUCAAUGACAGCAUAUCCGAAGUUGACAACGAUAUCAACAUAACUAGCCUAUCUGGCCCCGUCGACACUGUUGACUCGGGAAUCAAGCAAGACAUACAGUACACCAACGUUGCUCUUAGUCCCAAAAUCAAUAAAUAUGUCGGCAGACCAGUACCUAAUACGUAUCCUCAUGUGAGCACUAAUAUGUACGGACAGGUGGCCGAAUUCCCUAUAGAAAUGCCUCUUCGAACUAUGCCGCAUGGCACGUUAGGGCGCGGAGUUGCGGUCAAAACUCUGCCAAGAGUUCAAAUACAAACUGAAACAGACCCUAACACGAGGAGUUUAUAUCGAUAUUCCAACGCCCAGUACUACUUCGGGUGACAACAAGACAAAAGCCAGGGUUCGGACGUAUCCAGGACUUACUGUUUCUAGUUGAAUCGUGUAGUGAAGUGUAUAUAGUUCACGGACUAACUAGUGAAGUUUGUAAUGUUCUACUUUUAAAUACGGAAACUGUGAUAUUAAUUGAAAACUUUCCUAUUGUACUGCGAACAGUUUUCCAACUGUAGACACAGAAAGACAGUGCGGUUGUUCCUCCGUUGUGAAUCGAGAGAUGGGUCGUUGUUGGCAGAACUUUGUUAUACUGUGUUGACCUCUUGAUAACUACCCAUUGUUUUGUAUGUCGAACGAAUCAGUGUGUUCAUUUAUGUAUUCACAUUGUUUCUCUUGGGAGUUACACGUAGUUGAAGCCGUUGUAUAAUUAAUAGCUAUACGUUCAGUUAUACGAAUUUCCUACACAUAGAAACUGUAUGGACAGCCUGGCCGAAAUAUUUGUACUUUGGUUUCUUGCCAGCUGUCAGAAUCGUGCUAAAAAGCCAAAAAUUCUUUAUUUAUUGUUUACGCUGUGUACAUUUAUUUUUCGAACACUUUGCUUUGGUAGCAUAAAUCUUUAAUGUGUUAUGUAAAAUAAUAAUAUUGUAUCCUAUGUUAUUUUAACACUCAUUGCUAGUUAUAGUAAACGAUAUAUUUAUGUUGAUAGUUUUAAUUAAAAAAAAAUAUCGAUGUCAUUUUGUCACUCAAAUAGCUAAUUAUAAAGAUGGCGUAUGUGCAAACAGGGAGUUAAUUAGAAAUGAAAUUAUCGUUUUAUAUGAAGUACUGUUUGUUGGUUCGUAGUAUUGGUAAUUGCUUUUUGUGUCUACCAGUGACGGAUUAUUGACUAAGAGUUGUAAAAGUUAUGGAAAUGAUUUAUAAUUGGUUGGUAAAUAGUGUUAUAGUUUGUACGUAUUUGAUUUUAUAAUAGUUACUCGACUGUGUUAAUUGGGUUAAACAUACAGAGAACCCUUUUCUAAUGGUAUGAUGUAAGCCAUGAAAAACAUAAUAAAGUAAUAUUAUGGUAAAUAUUGAAAGUUUAAGGCAAAUAUUACCUGUUUUGGACUUUAGAAGUCAUUUUUUCGGAAUUAAAUUCCUUUUAUGAUAUUUAAACAAAUACAAAAUUCAAAUUACCAAGAAAGUUUACAACAUCAAUGUUUUUUUCAUAGUUCCGAUACGUACUCAUACAAAAUCAAUUAGUUAAGAUGCCUACAAUAAAAUCAGAGAACCAGACUAAAACAUGAAUACAGAUACAAGCAACAAGGCUUGUUAAUUUUACCACGGAUAUGUAGCCGUUAGUAGCCGCAGUGACAAGCUGUGAACUCUUAAUGCGGAAUGUGAGAGGAUAAUUUAUGAUAAUACGUCCAGUCACAUUUGCUUUGACACUUCCAGUAAAAUGGCCUUUAAAAAGGAUAGAAGGUUCGUUUAACAGCUGUUUUGUGGUAGACGAUGGAUGCAUAAUGGUCUCUACCAUUCCAUCUCUUUUAAGGCUUAAAUAAUUUUGAAUAUUUUUUUUACAUUUGACAAGCGUCACGGCCUAGGUUUUGAAGAUAUUUUCACACAACCACAUUAUCGCCAAUACCUACUAUUACAUUGUGUAAUAAGAUGUUUUAAAAAAUCUUUUUAUAAUUCAUGGCUGGCACAACACAACAUUGCAACACUUCGUCUGUCAAAUACACUUUGUUAGUCAUAGCCGAUGAAUAACAUAACACAGACACUACAAACAUUUUCAUUACACUGCAACUUAAUAGCACUCCUAAAUAUGCUUUCAGAAACACACAAGCUAAAGAUAUCACUUACAUUGUCUGUAACUUAGAUCAAAGAUGUUUAGAUUCUAUUCUAACUAAACGCUAACUCGACACGGCAUCUGUGAACAUAAGGACAUGCAAGUGUACACUUGUGUUUAAUACGAGAUGAGAUACAUCUGCAGUUGUGUGUUCUACGGUCAUUUUGGUAUUGGUUGUCAGAAUAUCAUCUGUCUUGUUGCAAUCCUUGUUUAGGUUUGUAACUUAGUCAUAUACUAAAGGGUUUGGAUGUUUAGGAUUGUAUCCUUAAUUGACAUUGUCAUUAGCAACUUGAUCAUUAAAAUUUGUGUGAAAUGAAAUGGCCUGUGGUGGAGGAUAAUAUUAAAUGUCAAAAUAUGCUCUCAGAAACACAAAACGUAAAGAUAUCACCCACAUUGUCUGUAACAUGUUUAGAUUCUAUUCUCUAUUCUACAUCUGUGAACAUAAGGACAUGCAAGUGUACACUAGGGUUUAAUAAAAGAUGAGAUACAUCUGCAGUUGUGUGAUCUACGGUCAUUUUGCUAUUGGUUGUCACAAUAUCAUGUGUCUUGUGGAUGUUUGUUGCAAACUUUGGUUAGGUCUGUUUGUAUGGUUAGGUAGAUUGUAACUCAGUCAUGCGGUUAAGGAUUUGGAUGUUCAGCACUGAUUGCCCUUUAUUGACAUCGACACAUCGACUCCACAAGAAUUUAAUUAUGAAGUUGCUAGAACUUCAAAAUUAAAUUCGUGUGAAGUAAAAUGAGCAUGGGGUUAUGGAUUUACCUAAUUCAUAUACUACUAUUCACAGUUGCUUCUUUAAGAAAAAGCUCAAUAGCUAAAAAUCUUUCUUAGAAAAACGACGUGUCGAUCCAAUUAAAAAUAAACUUUCUAUUCAAUUAAGAAAAGCUGUUCAAGUCUUAAAACUUAACAAAAAUCGUACUCAACAAAAGAAAAUUCCGUCUCAACAAUUUCACAUACAGCUUUUUAUCGCGACAAUCCAAUUAAAAUCUCGUAAAUUGCAACAAAGUUCCGACAGCCCGGCUAGUUGAUGUCACGUCACAAAUUAGGAGGCACUCCGAUUCGCCCAGCGUACAAGACUUGGACGUGUUCAGUGUUCACAGACCAAUUAAUGUUCUCCGUGACUCUAACGACGGCGAUGUACCGAAUAAGUGGAUUAUUUCUAAACGGAGAUUUGCUGCCGUACCAAUUGUUGGGAACCAGGAAAUUGCUUUAGCUGUACUGCUUCAGUUGGUAGAUUUUAUCAGUUCACGUUUUGCUUUUUUAGUCUAGCUUCAGAUUUAUGUUUACAUUCACCAAUUUAUAUUGCCUGUUACGUGAAAUGUAUACUUAAAAUUUAAAUCAGAAGUCAGGUUUACCGUCUUCAAAAUCAUGAAAAAUUUGAAAUGUAAGCAACUAUCCCCUUAAUUCUCACUCAAACCGCAGUAUAACCAUCUUUCUCCAUACUAAAGUAGCGGAUGAUAAAUGUAUGAGAUAAAACGUACCUAUGAGAUAAUACUGAGGAUUAGAGCGCUUGGAUUGUAAAUCCAAUUCUCCCCUAUUGCCGCUCUCGGCUCAGCCGCCGUCUUUUGUGUGAAACGAACUUUGUGAUCGCAUAUUGGUUUAAAACUGUAAUACUUAUUGUGAGAUAUAUCUUCCAGCUUGUCACAUGCGGCUACGGUAAAUGCUGAGACUAUUUUAGUCUUUGUAAUGUAUUUUAGUGUGUAGUGUAUUUUAGUUUUGCAAAUAUAUGACUUACAAACAAAAAGUUCUUAUGAACGUAUUUAAGCAAUCAUUUUUUGACAUAGAUCUGCUUUACGACAAUUUGAACACAUGAAUUAUACCUUUAUGAGUUAGUAGAUUUCGUGGAGGAACUAAAUUCCUUCUAGAGUGUUCCGAGAACACCUGAGUCUAAUUAUUUUGGUCUUAGUAGCCUGAUUAUGUAUGUCAUGAUCUAGGUCUUGUAAGACAUGUUUUAUGUAUAUAUGAUAAUUGUAAUAUAAUUACAGCCUAAAUUAACACAGUCGAGAAAGAUAUGUUAUUUUCAAAACGACUGACUGUAAAGCCUAUCCAGAUCACGUUAGUUAAUAUUUUUAAUUGUAAAACUAAUAAAUAUCUGUGUACAGAUAAAUUUUUAUGUCGUACAUCGAUUUAAUAUUAAAGUAAUGCACAUUACAA